AAUCACCGUAGCAUUGGCGCCACAUAGUGCCGGAACUUGUGAGUAACAUUUGUCGUCGCUUCUUUAGGCUAAAAAAUAUUAUGCGUUACUCUGUACUAUGAACUGUGUCACGCAUGCGCAGUGACAUACAACCCCUUUCAAACUGCUUACAGAGGGAAUGGUUUACCUGUCUUGAUAAGAGCACACAAUUUAAAGAAUUUUAAACUUUUGUUGACGUAAAUAAUUAACGGCAAUUCGAAUGUUGAAGGAUACAGAAGCGGAGUAAGCUCACAACCAACAACAACAACAACGACUCGAGAUGGGAAAAGGCUGUAAAGUGGUGGUGUGUGGACAGGCAGCAGUUGGUAAAACAGCCAUUUUGGAACAGCUCCUAUAUGGAAAUCACAGUGUAGGCUCUGAGUCCUGUGAAACACACGAAGAUGUUUACGUGGCCUCAGUGGAAACUGACCGCGGAGUGAAAGAACAACUGAGGCUCUAUGACACCAAAGGUCUCCAUGAUGGACAAGACCUGCCAAAGCACUACUACCUAGUGGCAGACGGCUUUGUCCUUGUCUACAGUGUCAACAGCCUGGACUCAUUUAGAAGGGUGGAUUUUUUGAAGAAGGAAAUAGACAAAUCCAGAGACAAAAAAGAGGUGGCAGUUGUAGUGUUGGGGAAUAAAACAGAUCUGUCAGGUCGUCAGGUUGAGCAAGAAGUGGCACAGCAGUGGGCUCGAGAUGAAAAAGUCAAGCUGUGGGAGGUAAGCGUCACAGAACGCAACUCCCUCAUCGAGCCUUUCACCCAGCUGACGAGUCGCCUCACACAGCCACAGAGCAAGUCUUCCUUUCCUCUCCCCGGUCGUAAAAGCAAAGGCACACCAUCUAACGACUUGUGAAACCUAGAAGAUCCUGUCAUUCUUGUAUGACAUUUAAGAACACGUAUUCGCACUAUUAAAAAAAGAAACGAAAAAGAAAAUGAAAGCUAUGUGUUCCACUACAAAUUCCUCAUUUAGGUUUAACUCUAUAAUAUACAAUAUUUACGGAAUUGACAGGGAAUCGAGAUGUAAUUGUGUGAGUUUUGGUGCUGGGUUGGAAGUCCCUUACACCAGGGGUGUCAAACAUACGGUCCGCUGGCCACAAACUGGCCCGUGUUCAAUCUGGCCUGCUUGAUGAAUUUUGAAAAAAAAAAAUCCAUUUCCUUUUCAGGAUAUGUUUUUUGUAAAAAUAUUGAAAACAAAGGGGAAAAACAUGGACUUAUUGUAAUUUAUAAUUUAUUAUGUUAUGAUUGUACUGGUCGGGGCCACUUGACAUCUAAUUUGGUUAUAUGCCAGCCCGUGAAUCAAAAUGACUUUGACACCCUUAGACCUAGACCUUAAAUUUGGACAUUAAGCAGUUUGGUAACAAAAUACUGUAAUUGUAUGCUUAAAAUCACACAGUUGUUCAGAGCAGGUGUAAAUUUUUUAACCUUAUAAAACAGCAAUUCCCUCUUUUUCUGUUGAUGUGCAAGUUGCUGAUUCUUAGACCGUACUGGGUUAUGACUCACAUUUUAUAACAAAUGAAAAUAGAUUGUUUUGUUUUAUCUAUGAGAUGUGAAUGCAGGAGGAAAAUUGAAUUGAAAACCAUGUUUGUACAAUUCCUCCAUAUGAUAGUCUGUGACAUAUUUAUCUAUAAAUAUAACUAUACAAGUCUAAUGUGUAAUAUUUGGGAUGAUUAAUUUUUCAGAACUAAUUACAUACCAAGUAUUUUUGUGAUUUUUUCACUGUAAGAACAUAUGGUUUCCCAUGUAUAUUAAAGGCAAAGGUUGUGCUUCAACAAUGUCUGAAAGUUUGUACUUACUGUACUAUUUUUGCAGCUGCUUGAAUUAUUACAUUUUUUUUGCCUACAAAUAAAACAUUAACACAUUA